CUGACAGUACAGUACAUGUACUUGUAUGCACAUCGAGAAGCCAGCUCAACAGACGCAGAGGGCGUGUUAAUCUGCGAGAUUUUUGAAACACUCGUCACAAGUUAGCCCAGAGCAGUAGUAGAGCAUCCUCCAAUUUAUAGCCAUGGCCAACAAGCUGAAUCCUCUGAAGGUAGUCUUGUUCCUGGGAACAUGCAGGGAGAAUCGUCUUGGCGAACGGGUGGCUAAAUUCAUGAUAAACCAGCUCAAAAAGGAUGACACUCACGUCGUAGAAUUCAUGGAUGCGGAGGAAUUUGAUCUUCCAAUCCUGAGAAAGGCCCUAUUCUUUUACCAGGAUGAAACGAAGGCUCCGGAGAUUUUGCAAGAGGCCAAAAAGAAGAUCAUUGAUGCCGAUGCUUUUGUGUUUGUCUCUGGCGAGUACAACCAUUCAAUACCCCCGGGCCUUAGCAACAUGGUGGACCAUUUCCCGACGUCCAUUUUUGGCUACAAACCCUCAGCCAUUGUGUGUUACUCACCGGGUAUUUAUGGAGGCAUGCGUGCAGCAAUGCAGCUGCGAUGUUUCCUCGGGGAAAUUGGCUGCCUUCCUGUCUCCAACAUCUUUGGUAUCCCCAAAGCCAAUGCAGCCAUCUCAGAAGACGGUGAACCGCUCGACCCCCACAUGGAGAAAGGAGCCAAGAAGAUCAUCGAGCAACUAGACUGGCAUGCCAUGGCCAUGCGCAAUCACCGCCAGGCCGUCGGCGUGCCGAAGUAGUUCCCGCCGUGCACAGGCACUUGAGGGCGCUAUUUGUUUUACUAAGUGGGGUCCACAGACAUAUAAACCCUAGACGACCAGUCUUGCACGUAUAACUGCAAUGGGCGAAAAGAUGGAUGGCAAUGCGUUCAGUGGGAAUUGCGCAUGGCGCACUUUGCCUACAUUUGUUUACAUGUGCUCCCAAAAUACAUUCAGGUUUUUGCUCUUAAAUGUUGGAAACACAUCGUUUUGAAUCUACAUGAGCCAUAUUAAGUAAACAGGAUUUUUUUUCACAGUCAAAACAUGGCUUCAUAGAAUUCUAUGGCCGGAAUUCUUCAACUGUGCGUCAGU